GUGGUGUGCGGGGUCAUCAGCUUCGCCCUGGCGGUGGGCGUCGGCGCCAAAGUGGCCUUCAGCAAGGCGUCGGGCGCGCCCAGGGCGCACCGGGAGAUCAACGUGCCCCGAGCUCUGGUGGACAUUCUAAGGCACCAGGGGGGGCCUGGGACCCGUCCGGACCGGGCCAGAAGCAGCUCUCUGACCCCGGGCGUCGGCGGUGCCGACAGCAUGGUGCCAAGGACGCCCAAGAACCUGUACAACACGGUUAAGCCGUCCAAUCUCGACUGGCGAGCAGCAGCGCCGCCCAGCCCCUCCCUGCACUACUCCACCCUGUCCUGCUCCCGGUCCUUCCACAACCUCUCACACCUGCCCCCGUCCUACGAGGCUGCGGUGAAGUCAGAACUCAACCGCUACUCCUCCCUGAAGAGGCUGGCCGAGAAGGAUCUGGACGAGGCCUACCUGAAGCGCUCGCACCUGGCGGACGUGCCCCGCGGGACGCUGCCCCUGCACACGCUGCGGCGGCCCGGCACGGGCGGCGGCUACCGCAUGGACGCCUGGGGCGGCCCGGAGGAGCUGAGCCUGGCGCCCGCGCCCCACCCGCGCCGGGUCAUGUCCCAGGAGCACCUGCUGGGCGACGGCGGCCGCGCCUCGCGCUACGAGUUCACGCUGCCGCGCGCGCGCCUCGUGUCGCAGGAGCACCUGCUGCUGUCGUCGCCCGAGGCCCUGCGCCAGAGCCGCGAGCACCUGCUGUCGCCGCCGCGCAGCCCCGCGCUGCCCCCCGAGCCCUCGGCGCGGGCCAGCCUGGCCGCCUCGCACUCCAACCUCCUGCUGGGCCUGCACGGCUCGCCCCAGCCCGCCUGGGUGGCGGACGCGGGCGGCGGCGGCACGCUGGCCCGGAGGCCGCCCUUCCAGCGCCAGGGCCCCUUGGAGCAGCUGCAGUUCAUCCCCGGGCACCACCUGCCGCAGCACCUCCGCACAGCCAGCAAGAACGAGGUGACGGUCUGA